UGGAAUUUGGACUCUAGUAUAAUAAAGUAUUUUAAUCUCUCGGUUAUGUUGCGAAAUGGACGCGUUAUUAAAAUUUAUUAUUCCGCUGACAGCGCUUGUGUAUGUAGCAACGUGUUAGAUUAGAUUAGGUAGAGUUCGGAACGAAGGGUAGAGAACGGACGUGCGUAACAGCACGAGAGGAAUACGGUCUUAUCAGCAUUAGGAAAUACAGAACGAGGGCCUAGCCCUACAUGAAAAUAGGAAUUAUAUUCUAUCUUUAUACAUAUUUGAUAUAAAGUGGUCCACCGAGCCGGAUAAUUGACACUGAACCAAUCUGUCGGAUAUGGCCAUGGAAGUAGAUAUACAAAAGUUAAAGAAAAUUCGCGGAACAACCAGAAGAUACGCCUCAAAAAUCCAGAAGGAAGCGAUAGAACUGAUGAAAGACUUUGAUCCGGAUUCAAAAACGAAUAAACUGAAAAGCUUGAAAGAGUCGAUCUUGGAAAGACUAGACACGCUGAAAGAUUUGGACGAAAAAAAUUUUACUAGAAGCGCACGACGAAGAAAUCGACAAUGAGGUGACGGAAGCCGCUGCAUUUAGAGACGGUAUGAAAGAAACUGUAAUCGAAAUCGACUACAUUUUAGCAGAAGAUAACGAUGGGACAAGCACAAAAUCUAGUACAGCGAGCAAAAGAAACAACAGGGCACAAGUAAAACUACAGCCUAUAAAGCUUAGAGAAUUUUCGGGAAACCCAAAGGAAUGGCAACAAUUUUGGGAUGGAUUCAGCUCUGCCGUUCAUGAGAACGAUGACGUUGCAACAAUCAACAAAUUUCACUAUUUAGUCGGAUUGUUGAAGGGAGAGGCUGCCGAGGCCCUGACUGGAUUGCCUGUGGUAAUGUCGAACUAUUUGGAAGCAAUUUCCAUAUUGAAAGCAAGAUACGGACAAAAGCAAAUCAUUAUAAACAGCCACAUGGAAGCACUGAUGAAGUUACCAUCUUGCUCGGAUUCAACUGAUGUACAUGGAUUACGCAAACUAUAUGAUUCGAUAGAGGCAAAUAUUAGAGGGCUACAAAGCCUUGGGAUUAAUAGUGCACAGUAUGGAGCUCUUCUUAUUCCCGUAUUACAACAGAAACUGCCGUCAGAUUUGCAAGUGGAAAUAAGCCGUAAAAUCGGAAAUGAGGAAUGGAAUCUCGCAAUACUACUUGACAUUUUAAAAGUAGAAUUAGAGGCACGCGAGAGAUGCAAAAACCUGGCAGGUUACGAUGGAAGUACUGCACUAAGCAUCAAGAAGAAGGCGUCCAAAUGGAUACCCACGGCUAGUGCUCUGGUAAACGAAACACAAAGUGGAACAGUUCAGUGUACGUUUUGCAAAGGAAGGCAUAAAACCAACGACUGUAAAGUCAUUACAAAUCGUACAGCAAGAAUGAGCAUUCUACGCAAAGAAGGGAGAUGUUUCAUUUGCCUGAGGAAGGGUCACUUGGCAUUUAAUUGUGUGUCAAAAAACCUUUGCUAUAAUUGUAAUGGAAGACACCACAUUAGUCUUUGCCAAAAAGGGAGACAGCAAACAAAACCGAUGAAAUCGCAAGAAACGGAAUCCGGAACUCAUAGAGAAGAAACAACCAACUGUUUUGUGGAAUCAAAGCCUUCGAUAUUGCUGCAAACUGCUCAAGCGGAAGUUUACAAUCCUGCAAACCCGGGAAGGAAAAUUAUUGCAAGAAUCAUCUUUGAUUCUGGAAGUCAUCGAAGUUAUAUAACGGAAAGGCUUCGAAAUUACUUGAAGCUGCCAGCUGUUGCGGAGGAGCAUGUUUGCUUGAAAACCUUUGGAAAAAGCGUUGGAAAAUCUGAAACUUUGGAUGUCGCACAACUCGUUGUUCAGGACACGUUCAAACCUGAGGAGAAUAAGCAGCCGGAGCUAAUUAGCACAUUGGUUGUGCCAUACAUUUGCUCACCAGUUCAGCGCCACGAAAUCGCAAUGACCCAGAAAGCAUUUCCUCACCUCGAUGGCCUGCAGAUAUCUGAGGAUCCCGACGUUGAUGCAGGAAAAGAUGUCGACAUACUGAUUGGGUGCGACGAGAGCAUCAAGUUUUUCACUGGGGAGGUGAGAACUGACGAAUACCAGAAAGGCCCCACAGCGAUGAAUACAUCUUUGGGUUGGGUGCUUUACGGGCCUGGUGCAACUAUCCGGGAUAAGCAAAUUAACGGACAGUCAACGGAGACAUACUUGCUCAAAGUGGAAUGUACAAGUGAAGAUUUGGAUUCGCAGCUAAAUAAAUUCUGGGACUUUGAGACCAUAGGGAUAAGAGACAAGGAAACUGUCGCUGAAUCAUUUGAAAAGAAUGUUUCAUUUACGGAUGGAAAAUAUUCUGUGGUUCUGCCGUUCAAAGAAAACUCGCCUGUAUUGCCGGACAAUUUUGAGAAUUCUGUGAAUCGUUUGAAUUCUACCUUGAAACGACUGAAGAAAACUCCAGAUGUUGUGCAAGAAUGUGAUUCAAUAAUCAACGAGCAACUGGAAAAGGGGAUUAUUGAAAAGGUUGAUUUGACCAGCCCAGUUGAAGUCGGGGAGGUGCAUUACUUGCCAAGCCAAGUUGUCAUAAGAGAAGAAGCUCUCACCACAAAAAUUCGAAUCGUUUACGAUGCUUCUAGCAAAUCAAACGGCGUUUGUUUAAACGACACACUCCAUACAGGACCUUCAUUGACGGAACAAUUGUAUGCUAUUUUGCUCAGAUUCAGAGGGAAGAAAAUUGGACUCAUUGCAGACAUCGAAAAGGCUUUUCUUUCAAUUGCAGUCGACGAAAGCCAAAGAGAUUUUUUGAGGUUCUUAUGGGUUAAGGACAUCAAUGACGAAGAUCCUCAAAUUGUUUGUUAUCGGUUUUGUGCAGUAGUAUUUGGCCUUUGUUGCAGUCCAUUCAUUAUGAAUGCCACCUUGCAACAUCACAUAAAGAAGUACGAACAGCUCAACCCAGAACUCGUCAAAUUAAUGCUAAAUUCGUUUUAUUGCGACGAUUUAUCGACAUCUGUGAAUACAGUGGAGGAGGCGACCAGUGUAUGCUUGAACGCCAAACAAAUUUAUGGCGAAGGAAACUUUAAUCUACGGAAAUGGAAUAGCAAUUCAAAGGAACUUGCGGAAAUUUUGCUUUCAUGUGAUGUCAACUCAAAUGGCGUUCCCUUAGGAGGAGUAAGAAGAGAGGAUGAAUCGUAUACUAAAUUGUCAUUCGGAAAAUUUGAAGAGCUGGAAAGACCUGUCGAACAGAAAGUAUUGGGAUUAAACUGGAACACAGAUCUAGAUUUAAUAACAUUGAAAUUUGGAGGUGUUGUUGGAUGCGGAAAUUCUUUGGAGCCUACUAAAAGAUCUGUUUUGAUUACAGCUGCAAAAAUGUUUGACCCCUUAGGAUUGAUCUCGCCUAUAACUUUAAAAGCAAAGCUACUGUUUCAAGAAUUGUGCUUGUUGAAAACAAAUUGGGAUGAUGAGCUCAACCAAGAACACACUCGGAUUUGGAAAAGAUGGUUACUGGAUCUCGACAAAACAAAUUCUAUCGCUGUACAAAGAUAUAUGUUUGCUGAAGGAAAGGAGAUCAUUUACAAUAUAGAUUUGCAUGGUUUUGCUGACGCAUCUACGAAAGCUCUUGGUGCUUGCGUAUACGCAGUUUAUACAACAGAAAGCGGAGUCAAAUUGAGUACACUUGUCACAGGAAAAUCAAGAGUUGCUCCGGUGAAAGGGAUUUCAAUACCUCGGUUGGAGUUAACUGCAGCAGAAAUACUGGCCAAACUUAUGUUUAGGGUCAAGGAAUCUCUUGAAGGAAGUCUUGUUAUUGGAAAGAAAUAUUAUUGGACUGACAGUCUAAAUGCAUUGUACUGGAUAAACACAACUAAGGAUUUAAAGCAGUUUGUUGAUAACAGAGUCAACAAGAUCAAAUGCUGUAGUUUGCCUAGAGAGUGGAGAUUUACACCAGGUGUUGACAAUCCUGCUGAUAUUGCAUCUAGAGGAGCAUAUGCUUCCUCUUUAGAAGGGAAUGAGAAGUGGUUUCAGGGACCUGCAUGGCUCAGGCUACCUGAGCAUACCUGGCCACCCUCUCCGGAAAAAUUUGAACCUGGCAAGGAUGCGUUAAUUGAAACGAAGCCUAACUGUGAGUUUACUUUGCUGACCAAACUGGAAACUAACGGAAAUUUAUCUACUGUUAUCGAUGUUAGGAAUUUCAGUAAUUACAAUAAAUUGCUGAGAGUAACAGCCCUUGUAAUGCGAUUCAUUGACAAUCUAAAGGCUAAAGUUCGCGGAUCAGAAGUCACAGUUAACGGUUCAAAUGACUACGAGGGAAUCAUAACAGUUGGAGACGUCGAUAACACACGGAAAUUAUGGAUUUUGGAAAUUCAACGUUAUAUCACAUCGGACAAGCGUUACGGUGACUGGGAAAAGAAUCUUGGUUUGUUUGUUGAUGCAGAAGGAAUUGUCAGAUGCAAGGGACGAUUCAGAAAUUCUGAAAUGGCCUACGGAGAGAAAUAUCCUGCGAUUUUGCCAAAGGAUCAUGAUGUUACAAAGUUAGUUGUUAUGGAUUGUCACAGAGGUGUUUUGCAUGGUGGUGUAAAUGACACGUUGGCAGAGGCAGAGGGAAUAUUUGCGUGGCCUACGUGAACAGCAUCGAGUAUCUACGAGAAAGGUAGGAUCUUUCCAUAUUUCUUUGGGAGAUAUUGUCACGAUUCGAGAAGAUCACAUCCCACGAUCGCAAUGGAGAUUAGGGAAAGUAACCAAGCUUAUUUGUGGUAAAGAUGAACACAUAAGGGGUGCACGCUUGAAGGUUAUUUCGAAACAAGGGAAAAUUUCUGAAAUCGAACGCCCCCUACAGGCACUGUUUCCACUCGAACUUUGCGACAAAAAUAGGGUACCGGAUGUUGACAUUUCUAACUCAAGUCCCACUGGGGGAGAACAAUGGAAAGCUGGACAGUCUAGACCUAUUGAACCCGGUAGACCUGUUAGACCGAGAAGACAAGCAGCCUUGAACGCAGAUACUAUUCGUAGAAUUUUAGACUCUAAAUGAUUACAUAUUAUUCGUUGUUGAUCCCCAUCUGGAUCAAGGUGGGGAGUGUGUUAUGGAAUUUGGACUCUAGUAUAAUAAAGUAUUUUAAUCUCUCGGUUAUGUUGCGAAAUGGACGCGUUAUUAAAAUUUAUUAUUCCGCUGACAGCGCUUGUGUAUGUAGCAACGUGUUAGAUUAGAUUAGGUAGAGUUCGGAACGAAGGGUAGAGAACGGACGUGCGUAACAGCACGAGAGGAAUACGGUCUUAUCAGCAUUAGGAAAUACAGAACGAGGGCCUAGCCCUACAUGAAAAUAGGAAUUAUAUUCUAUCUUUAUACAUAUUUGAUAUAGGGAGUGCGGAUGGGCUUAAACGAGCUGUUGCAUUAAUUAAAAAAUGUUUACAUGACUGUAAAUUAUCGUCAGUUGUUUCCUAUCCAUUGAAAAUACAACGGGAGUGAUUUUCAAUUACUUAUCAAAUACAAAUACACUGUAAAGUAAUUGAGAAACCGGGUGCCCUCAAGAAGUGCAAGAAUUUAAUCUUUUUUCAAAAGUCGAAAAUAAUUUGAUUGAGAGUAAUAUUUUGGCUGUAUCUUAUAUUUGUUUAAGAAAGUGAUCAUUUUUUAAUGAUAUCGCAAUGUCUUUUGGUAUAUGAGUCAUUCUCAUUAAAAAUUACAGGUGAAAACACUGAGUGUGAUAAUCAUUCGGUAAAUUUAAGCUGGUACCUUGUCUAUUGUAGGAAUGCAGCCACCAUGAAUUGACUUGAAACUUUGCAAUAAAUGUUUGAUACAAUCAUACAGACAAGGGUAAGGAAAAUGUCGACCAUGACUAAACUGAGUGUGAAAACGACAACAUGCAAAUUAAGGGAGGUUUGCUUGGAUGCUUGACCUAUAGCAGCGACAAAGGAAAACCAUAUUUGACAAGUUUCACUCCCUUUACAUUGAGGAACAUGACACAAGUGUGCUGUUUUUUAUCAAAACACUUCAUUGAACUCGGGACCGACUUGAGUUCUAUAAGUCAAGCAUACGACAAAAUAAAGACAGCUUCGUACUAGACAACAUGUUUUUACUUGCUUAUAUCAAUCUUCCAAGUCUCCUGCUCAAGAGUUUCUUCAUUAAAUACCUGUAUCAUUGCAUACGAGUUAUUUCACGAGAAUGUUGGAGUCAUGUAAGUGACAAAUUGAUAAAACGUGUUUUAAGGCACCAUCCAAUACAGUUUCUCAUCUUAAGGGCAAAUAAAUAGAAAGAGAAGAUCCAAAUUGCAGAAAAAAGAGAGGGGUGGAUUUGCUAGUUCUUGCUGCAUCCUUAAUACAAUACCCCACUCAACGAUUGUAACUUAGGUCCGUACUGUCACCGACUGUUUUUAGAAAAGUUAGAGCCUAAAAGCAGCCCUAUGAACUGAGAGCAUUGGUACUUCCACGCAGAGUUGCCAGAUUGGCUAAUUUCAGGCUAAAUUUUCCAGAUUUAAAUUGCCUGGAAAGUUUGUUUUUGGCCUACUACUCAAAAUUGGCCUUUUUAGUCUUUUCAGCCGAGAUUUUACUGACAUUCCAUUAUUUUAAAAAAGUUAGCAAAACUAAACAGUGAAGAUCAAAACAUUAAAAGUUUUAUCACCAAAUUUAACGAUACAAAGGAAGUUUUUGAAGGAGAAAGUUUAUUUGAGUUUCGAAAAGAAUUUGAAAGGCACAUGCUUGGAAAUAUUUACUGCGCCUGCGCAAUGUUUUAUGGGGGGACUUUUUUGUUUGGCCUUUUUCUGCACAUUUUGGCCUGCGUUUGUUACCCGUAUGGCCUUCUUCUGUAAACCCCAUGUGGCAACCCUGCUUCCACGAAUGGUUAACAGGUAGGCUGGAAACCUAUGCCCUUAUGCGUAGGAGUUGAAAUCGCUGACCACGAUACCAAACUACUAUGUGAAUGUUUAAGCCGGUGCUGGAGACCUUGACAAGGAUCUAAUGAAGGUUACGGCAAUCCGAGGUUGCUUUUGUUUUCUGAAGGGAUGUAGUGGUUACUGGAGAUGCUAGAGGGAAUAGAAAAUGGAACAGAGAGAUGCUGUGAUGCUGUCAAAUGUUAUGCAAAAAAAGAUACGGUAUACUGACUAAUUAGAGGUAUACGUCGUAAUGAGAAAAAUCUUGCUUACCUUCACAUUUACUAAGAAAUCUUUCAUUGUGCCUGUCUCAAUCAUCUUUUCCACAUCCUUAGCCCCCUAUGAUAAAAGCAACAUAUUAAUCCAAGAAACGCUUUUUGUUGAGACAGUUUUCAGGUGAAGAGUAUGACCUUUUUUACAAGGAAAAUUACUGACGCGGUUUAGAUGCUUUAUUAAUGAUUAAUCGCCUAACUGGCAAGGGUCUUCUAUAUUCCUGAACAACAUAAACCUACAUUUUGGUGAUCAUUGAUUAAGGCCAACUGAUAUAUAAAUAAAUUGAAUGGGAUCUUUCAUACUUGCUUUCUCUGCAUAGAGAUAAAUUUUACUAGGGUGCAGCGACAAAGAAAAAAUUGUUUUAUAGGUCAAAAUUCUGCAAUCGUUAUCAACACUGUUAAAAUGCUUUCAUUCCUACCAACACCACAGUGAACCAAACUUGGCUUGGAGGAUAGAAAUGACCAUUGUUUUAUAUCAACCUUGUUUCUUUGUAGGCAAAACAGGCUAAAGAAUGGAAUGAGCUUUGCAUUUUUCAAGCAUUAAUUUAGGCCUUAUGGUAGAAAAAUUGGUUUGGUUUACACCGCGGGUAUGUCUUUAUUGAGCUUUUUACGUCACACAAUCGUCUUUUACAUCCAAAACAUUAUAAAGGCUUACAAUAAGCAGCAUGCAUCAAUUGACCAAGCAUUCUGAAAUGGUUUGUACCAUUCUUGACAAUGUAGUCCUUUGAUUUUGAAACAAUUA